AUGCUCGAUCAAGUGGCGUUAAUGGGUACUGUCGAUGCAAAUGAUAGCAUUGAUAGCUGUUCAAACUUGAUAAUCAGUUUUGAAUCGUUGAUUAGAUCCAGUGUGGUGGCAAUCAACCAGUCUCAUAGAAAUUUACAAUUGAAAUUGACUCAUAACGAUACCCAAUUACACGUGGAGAAGGACGGUACAGUUGAUGACAGUAUCAGCCAAGACAUUACACGGUUGAUCAAAUUUAUAUCCUUCAAGACAGAAUUUGUAAAAAAUUUCCACGAGACAAUCUUACAGGAGAACUACAACUCGAAAUAUUCCAAGAUCGACAGACUGAGGAAUGAAAAGAUGGCCUCUUUCACGAAACCACACACUAUUGUCGAAAGCACCACCGUUAAACCCACCUCGACAAAGGACAAACUACUCAAGACCAACAAGAAAUUGACGGGCAAUCUUAUCAAAAGCAACCAAUAUUUGCAAUCUUCCAUCCUGCAAUCCGACUUGAACUUGGAUGAGUUGAAACAACAGACACUUUCUUUAAACAUCGUGAACAACAAGUAUGAACAGUUCGGAACCAUCGUAGACAAGACUACAAGUAUAAUAAACCAAUUGAACAAAUCGUCGAACCAAGAAAAGAGAAACGUUUACCUAUCGCUUGCAUUCCUAUGUUGCUGCUGCUCGUGGGUGCUGUGGAGACGUAUCCUCAAGAUUCCAACAAAACUGUUCAUCUGGUUACUGUUCAAAUUUUUCAAAUCGAUCCUGCUCGCUUUAAAUCUGGUCAAAUCACAUGCUGAAGAUGCCACUUCCAUCACCACAGCAGUCGACGAAGCCAUGCAGCGCAUCCUAACCACCGAACUCAUCAAUGAUGAAUUGUAA